AUGAACCCUUUUCCAGAAAUGAUGUUAGCUAGUUCUACAUCUCAACAAACUAAAAAAAAACAUGCUAGAGAAAAAUGUAGACACUACCUUUCAGAUCAUAUUAUUAUAACCAAUGAAUAUGUUAAUCUACAAAAGCCCAAUAACAAAUAUUGUUUUUGUUUGGCUUGUCAUGAUUUAAAUUUUGAAAAAGUUAAAAUCAUUAAUAGAAAAAAAUUAGUAAAAAAUUAUCUUAAAAAUUGUACACAUUUUAUACAUAAAGUUGGUGAAAGAGAACAAGCUGAUAAUAUUUUAAAUAAUGAAUCUUUAAAAAAGUUGCGAUUAAAUAAUGAAGAAGUCAAUGAAAAUAUUAAUAAUGUGGCUGUAGUUGAUAGCGAUUCAGAUGAUGAAAUAGAAGAUAAUGAACACAUUAUUAACGUGGAAAAUUGGAAUGAAAUUAUACAACGGUGGAAUAAUAUGAUCUCUGAAGAAGAGAAAGAUGAAAUCGAUAUUGCUUUAGGUGAUAAUAAUUUAGAACAAAUUAUCAAUGAUACAGAUCACCCGGCAAUUAACAAUGAUGCAAAGUGGAAGCUGAAAACGUUGUUCAAGGAUGAUAUUCCUACUCCAGCAUUUAUUUAUGACUUAUAA